AUGGCAUCGUCCGCCGCCCUCCUCGGGGGCCACCUCGCGACGUUCGCGCGGCGGCCACCGCGGCGGCAACCGCGGCGCCGAUCGCGUCGCAUCGCGCCCGCCGCCUUCCUCGGCCUCGGCGGCAAGGCGGCGAGGGGGGGCGACGCGUCGAACUCGACAUCGGGCGUGACGCUCUGGGGCUCGCCCGGCUCUCGAUCGCCGCUCGUGGACUGGUACCUGCACGAGCUCGACGUACCUUUCGAUGCCAAAUCACCCGGGGACCCGAACAACCCGCAUCCGUUCGGCCAGAUCCCCGCGCUGCGCGACGGCGACGUCGAAGUCUGGGAGUCUGGCGCGAUACUCAUGUACCUCGCAGAUUGUUACGGGGGCUUGGACACGCCGGCGAAGCGAGCGGACGCGAACAAGUGGGUCGUGUGGGCCAACGCAUCGUUGGACCCGGUGCUGUUCAUCGAGAACGAGCGCGGGCAGGUGCUGGACAGCGGCGCGAGGCGCGCGGAAUCGCCCAAGGCGCUCACCAGGCUCGAGUCCGUGCUUGCUCAAAGGGAGUUUUUGAGCGGCGAAGCCUUUGGAGUCGCCGACGUCGCUGUGGCGAGUUACCUGCUCUUCGUGCCAAUAUUCUUCGCGGACGUCAGCUUCGCGAGGUGGCCGAACACGGCGCGGUACAUGGGCCGGUGCGUGGUGCGACCGGCGUACUCGAAGGCUUUCGGCGGUAGGACCGCGGCGUACCUCGCCGACCGGAUCGAAUCGUGGGUGGCUUGA